GCGCGUCUUCAGUUUUGUUUGCCAACCGCCAAUAAACACCAGAAGAAGAAAAGGCACGUGUGGUCCGAGUAGUUUAAAAACUGUAGAAAUUCCGAUUUUUUACAAUUGUUUUAGCUGUUUGACUGGGAUUCAGGAAGGAGAAUGCCGAAGGUUAAAGCAGAGAAGAAAAGCAGACAACACCAAGAUGUUAAAAGUCAAGGGAUUAUGUUCAACACUGGCAUUGGUCAGCACAUCUUGAAGAACCCAUUGAUCGUCAAUGGGAUAAUCGAGAAGGCUGCUCUCAGGCCGACAGAUGUGGUUCUGGAGGUCGGACCCGGUACUGGUAACAUGACGGUAAAACUGCUGGAAAAGGCAAAGAAGGUGGUGGCCUGUGAGUUGGACUGCAGAUUGGUGGCUGAACUGCAGAAAAGAGUGCAGUGCACGCCUUUGCAAAACAAACUUCAGAUAUUAGUCGGUGAUGUCCUGAAAACAGAUCUCCCUUUCUUCGAUGUCUGUGUAGCUAAUUUACCUUACCAGAUUUCGUCCCCGUUUGUCUUCAAACUCCUGCUUCACAGACCGUUCUUCAGAUGUGCUGUGCUGAUGUUCCAGAGAGAGUUUGCGAUGCGACUGGUGGCCAAACCUGGAGACAAGCUGUACUGCAGGCUGUCCAUCAACACACAGCUUCUGGCUCAGGUGGACCAUCUCAUGAAGGUGGGAAAAAACAACUUUCGUCCUCCGCCUAAAGUCGAGUCGAGUGUCGUCAGGAUAGAACCAAAAAAUCCUCCUCCUCCUGUUAAUUUUCAGGAGUGGGACGGUCUGGUAAGAAUCGCCUUCGUACGGAAGAACAAAACCCUCAGUGCAGCUUUUAAGUCUACUGCAGUGGAGCAACUGCUGGAGAAGAACUACAGAAUACACUGCUCGGUACACAAUGUGGAGGUCCCAGCUGACUUCAGCAUCAGCAAGAAGAUCGACAGCGUUCUGCAGGAGGCUAAUUUCAACGAGAAGAGGGCCAGGUCCAUGGAUAUCGAUGACUUCAUGGUACUACUCCAUGCGUUCAACUCUGCAGGAAUCCACUUUUCCUGAAGAACAGAGCAGAGGCAGAACCAUAAAACCCCUGCUGCUAUGAGAUAAAAUUCCAGCAGACAUGCUUCAAAGAUGCUCAUAUUGAGCAUCAUUUUAAACUGGCUGUAUAAGGAUGCAUGGGUACCUUUGCCAGAUGGAUACAUCGCCCUCAUGUUCCUCAAUAUGAAGUUUCUUAAAAUAAAUUCUGCACCAUAAUAGUUUUGUCAAACAUUAGUUUUUUUUUAGGCUCAGAAAAGAUUACAUGCUACAAGGAGCUGCAUUAUUAUAUAAUCAGAAUUUAUUAAAAAGAUUUUACACUGA